AUGGAUCUGAGGUGGCGAGCUUUGCUAGCACUGACAGCGCUGAAGCUGGUUCUGCUACCGUCAUAUCGUUCCACGGAUUUUGAAGUGCACAGGAACUGGCUUGCUAUCACCAACAGCUUGCCCCUCUCGCAAUGGUACAAAGAGGCAACUUCGGAGUGGACAUUGGAUUACCCGCCCCUGUUCGCAUGGUUUGAGUGGGGCCUAUCACAUGCGGCAUACCUAUUCGACCCAGCCAUGCUAGAUGUCUCCAAUCUCAAUCACGCCAGCCCCAAAACAGUACUCUUCCAGCGUAUAAGCGUCAUAUUCACAGACACAGUGCUGUAUGGAGCAGCCUGGUUUGGCACAAGGAAGUACAAAGAGCCACAGCGCACUGUAGCAUUUCUGCUUCUGGUUGCCAAUGCAGGCUUGCUGCUAGUGGAUCACAUUCACUUCCAGUACAAUGGAUUCUUGUUGGGGAUCCUUCUUUGGUCCAUGGCGCUGAUUCAAGAGGGGCACGACCUGCUCGGAGGCUUGCUGUUUGCAGUACUUCUGAACAUGAAGCACUUGUUUGCCUGCUUGGGCCCCUUGUACUUUGUCUACCUACUGCGCCAUUACUGCAGAGGGAAGCAGGCAGUGUCCAGGUUUCUGAUGCUGGGCGCUGUUGUUACAGCUGUUUUUGCGAUUUCCUUCGGGCCCUUCAUCUUGGCAGGCCAGUUGCAGCAGGUACUGGGCCGGCUCUUUCCCUUUGACAGAGGCCUCAUGCAUGCCUACUGGGCCGCCAAUCUAUGGGCUUUGUAUGCUGCUGCAGACAGGGCACUGGCUGUACUGCUGCCGCGCUUCGGCUUCCCUGUCGAGAAAACAGCCAGCCUCAUGACUGGUGGCUUGGUUCAGGUCAGCAGCUUUGCGGUGCUGCCCAAUGUCACUGCAGGGACCACUCUCAUUGUGGUCCUGUUUACAAUGGCCCCAAUGCUUGUCUGCGUUUGGAGGAACCCAAAGCCAGAGGCAUUUGCUGGUGCUGCUGCCUACGCGUGCAUGUGCAGUUUCAUGGCGGGCUACCACGUCCAUGAAAAAGCGAUUCUGAUGGUCAUCCUGCCGCUCACGCUGGGUGCUGUCAACAGCAGGGCAGCUGCACGCAGCUUCCUCAUGCUCAGCAUGACAGGGCACUAUGCCCUGCUGCCGCUGCUUUUCACCAAGAACGAAUAUCCUAUGAAGGUAAUAGUGAAGGCUUCAAAUCACAGGAUCGCAAUUUGUCUUCUCUGA